GGCCGUAUAUCAAUUUUUUGUUCUCCGCGUUCGCGAUGUUUUUGAUAAACGGAGGAGCGCUCGUGCGAGGGAUUAACGCGCGGUGUAAUUCACGCGGCAGACGAGGGCGAGGGACGUCGAAUCGAGAAUCACCGGUUUAAAGUUGGCGCAGGUGCCGGAACGGCGCGGAUCGCUGCGCGAAGUUUGGAAGGUUAGGUGGCGAACGGCGGGAAAGCGUGCGUGUCAACAAGGCAUGUGAUAGUGAGGCUAUCUGCGUGCGACGGUGUCGAUCGGUAUCGAUUGAUGAUUCACGUGAUUUACUUGAUUAUCGUCGCUAUAAUCGGACUUUUAUGCGCGCUGCUCAAGGCCGAGAUCGACGAGCGGCUCGGAGAUUUAAGCAUGAAGAGAGGAAGGUUAUCGCUGGGCAGGAGGCCCUUCAACGAGAGCAGUAAUGUAGUGGAAAUAUCAGAUGAUGACGUGACGAUUUGUGAAGCAACUAGCGUUUCAAGUAGCAUGACAGUCGCUUCCAAGUCUAAUUCAAGGCAUUAUGUGUUAGAGGACUCGAGCAGCGAUGAGGAUGUUACAGUUGACGAUGUUCCAUCUACUUUUAACAAGAGUCCAUCGUUGUUUAAUUGGAAUAAAACGAAUGAUAUGUUCUGGAAUGGAAUUAAAAUGAAUUUUGCUGCUGAUACGUUGCCAUGUCAAAGCAAUUUUCCAGAAAGCAGUGACUCGCACAGCUCGAGACAAGUGAUGCCCACAGAGACACCUAAUAAAAAACAAAAAGUAAUGAAUGAUUGGACAGACGAUGAUGAUGAGAUAAGCAUUUUAGAUAUUCGCGAAAAAGACAAUUUACCAUCUCAAGUGGGAAUACAGUACGAAUUACUGAUUGCUGGAACCAAAGUUAAAUUUCCUGUCAAGCCAUAUUCAUGCCAGAAAUCACUAGUAGGUAGUCUCAUUACAGGAUGUACCAAGGAGGAGAACUGUCUCUUGGAAAGUCCUACUGGUAGCGGUAAAACUCUGGCGCUUCUCUGCGGAGCUCUGGCGUGGCAGGAGCAAUACAGUGAGAAAAUAUGCCGAGAAGCACAGAGCGAUGGAAUGGUAGAGAGCUCAUGCUGCUACGAUGAUUCAGUAGAGAACAAUUUCUUCCUAAACGCGUCGCAGUACUUUGACGAAGAAACGCACGAUAAAAUUUCGGACAAAGCAAGAAAAGUGCCAAAGAUAUAUUACGGAACACGAACGCACAAGCAAAUAGAGCAGGUAAUAAGAGAAUUGAAGAAGACCGCGUACAGGCAUAAGAGGAUGACUAUAUUGAGCAGCCGGGAUAACACGUGCAUUCAGGAUACCGAGAGGAACAAAACCGAAUUGUGCUACGAGCUACUCGAUCCGCUAAAGGGUAAAAAAUGCCAAUACCACAGUGAGAACAAUAAGAAACAUUUUGACCAUAUGCAAUCGCCUUGGGAUAUCGAGGACUUGGUCUCGUUAGGCAGAAACUUAAAGUCCUGUCCAUAUUUCGGCGCGAGAGCUUUGAUGGCCAACGCGAAUAUCAUCUUUUGUCCUUACAAUUAUAUCCUGGAUCCAGGGAUUCGCGACAGCAUGCAAAUCAAUCUGAAAGGCAGUAUCGUGAUUCUUGACGAGGCUCACAAUAUUGAAGAUAUAUGUCGGGAAGCUGCCAAUGUGAUUCUCAGAGAUGACGAGAUCAAAAAUGCUGCUAAGAACUGCGAAGAUCUUUCAAAAAAAAGAAACCAUGACGGCGCCAUGUUUGAGCCCAUACAAAUAUAUCUUACGGAUAUGAUAAAAUUUCUUCAAAAUGUUGACGUCGAACAAAGUAGUUUUAAUAACGGAAUGGUCAGUAAAUGUUGGCUUGGUAACGAAUUUCGAGUAUUGCUCGACAUAAAUAACGUCGGUUGUCCUAGAUUUAUCGAUUUUCGUAAUGCCAGUACGAAAGUUAUAAACGAUUUCAUUGAAAAUACGAGGGAAGAGAAAUCGAAGACAAUAAUGCCCACUAUUUCGCGAGAGACUAAAAACAUUCUCGAGAAAUUAUGCUUUGCUAUGCAGAUGAUUGAAUCUGAUAUUUUUGUUAAUGAUUAUAGGAUGUACAUCGCAGAAACGGUGGAAAUUUUGAAGCCUGUAAUCACCAAAGAUGGCUGGAUGUCAAAAGAUGUCAAGAAGGGCAAAGUACGGACCAUGAAGAUGCUAUGUAUGAAUCCUGCUAUAAUAUUUGCGCCUCUGGCCCACAACGCCCGGUCUGUGAUACUCGCUUCCGGUACUUUGACGCCGACCGCAUCGUUUCAAAGCGAGCUUGGCGCACAAUUCCGUAUAGUCAAUCCUAAUCAUAUUGUACCAAAGGAUCAAGUAUAUGUAAGAUGCAUAUCACAGGCACGAAAUGGCGAACCUUUAAGGACCACAUAUGAGAACAUAAACAAAUGGGACACUCAGGAUAACCUCGGUAAUUUGGUUCUUGAAAUAUGUAACACAGUACCAUAUGGGGUACUAUGUUUCUUUUCGUCUUACAAUACAAUGAACACCAUACACAAUAGAUGGAUGAAUACCGACAUAUGGGACAAACUCUGUGAAUUGAAGCAAAUUUUUAUAGAGCCUCAAAAUAAUAAAAAUAUGCACGAAGUCAUGAGGGAAUAUCGCAGUGUAAUUAAGGAAUCGUCGUCUGAAUCAUUUCGCGUAGCAUGCGGAGCUAUCAUGUUUGCAGUUUUCAGAGGAAAGAUGGCAGAAGGAAUCGAUUUCAGCGACAAUGAAGCGCGUUGCGUUUUAGCAAUUGGAAUACCAUAUCUUUGUAAAAACAACGAUAUAAACAUGAAAAUGGAUUAUAAUACCGCGAAUAUCAAAACCAAAGGUUUGCUAUCUGGUAGAGAGUGGUAUACUGUAAACGCAUUUAGGGCGCUAAAUCAGGGAAUAGGCCGUUGUGUCAGACAUAUAAACGAUUGGGGUGCUGUGCUGUUAGUAGAUGAAAGAUUUAUGCAAUCAAAGUACACCGACUAUCUACCAAAAUGGAUUAAAACAAAUAUAAAAUCCGAUAAUAAGGAUCUAGAAAUAGACCUUCAAGAUUUUGUAGCUAUACAAGUUGCACGUGAAAGAGGAAGAAAAUGUAUAGCAAAUUUAAAAAAAGACUUUUAGAGGAUAUAAAAAAGUUCAUGCACGCCAAAUGAAGAACUUUUUAUUAGAAAUGAUUAUGAUGUUCAACAAUUAUUAUAAUGUUAUAUACUUAAUUAAGUAUUCUAUUUACACGAUUUUUAAUGUUACAUAUUAAUUGUGUCUCGUUUUUCAAUCAUUCUCAAUUGUUUUUUCUUCAUUCUCUUUAUUUUCGCAGUAUUCUUAAUCUGAAAGUAAUACAAUUUUAUAGAAUUAUUUAAAGAGAUUUAUUAAUGUCCAUCUGCACCAAUAGCACAACUUUAACUUAGUUUCUAUUUUUCAAAUUUUUAGAAAUAGAGCAUGCAGAAUUUAAAGUUUAGCUUUGAUGCAAAUGGGCCUAAGAGUUUCAUGAUAUAUUCAACAAUGUAUAAUAUUAUUAUAUAAAUAACAGCAACAUUUACUUACAACUUG